AUGACUCGUCCCAAGAUUCCCCAGAAGAUUCCCAAAGACCUAAGUAUAUCGGUGCCCGAGGAAAUGUCAAACUGGGAGAAGGAGGCCCGACAACGCCGAGUUUGGGGCACUUCAAUUCACAAACAAGCCGGCUUGAGGUCUGGGUCUGAGAUUACAUUCAGGCAGUACCUCCAACUGAGAGUUCUCUGGAGUAAAAGACAGGGUAUACACAAGGCUCGCGACGAUUUAGAGCUUGGUCAAUUUCACAUUGAGGCCACGAAUUGGCUUGCUCAUUUCCGCCCCUUCCAAAAUUUUCUAAAUUGCCUGGUCAACGGAAUUAAUGGCGACCUCGACCUGGGACAAUUCAAAUAUCCUCUUGUCUUGCAGCUUCACACCAAAAGUCUCGCUCAAGUGAAAGCAUACCGGAACGACGUAAGAAGCCCGAACGAAGAGGUCGUCAAUGUAUCGCUACUCACAUUUCUUUUUGCAAUCUGCGCUGAGCACCCAGCAUUGGCAUCAAUGAUGGGAUGGACGCCUCAACGUGUACGCCUCGCCGCAAAAUUCAAGAAGGGCACAAUGAAAUGUCAUCCUGACGGGCUGCUGGUCUCGGAUUUGACAAGGCAGAUAGAGCUGCUCGUUGAGACUAAGGUUGGAUCCCGAAAAAAGCAUGGUGCCCCGGUAUUCUGGCAGGAAGCAGCGGAGUUGGUCUGCGCUCUGAGCAUGUCAUCCCCGAAGGGCAUGCACCCCAGCCGGGCAAUUGUUGUUUCUCAAGACGAUCAGGAGCUGUACUUGGCGAAAGCUUUCGCCAGCGAUGAAUACAUUGGAUUCCUGUCUGGGGUUGGAGUGCCAGAGGACGAGGGAAAGCCGAAGAGUGAGAAUGAUUUUCUUCGAAUAAAACAGUGGAGACCCUGGCGUCUCACCUCGCGCGAAGAGGUCAAGCAAUUCGCAGGCCUCCUAUUGGCACUAAUUCUCAAGGCCAGGGCUGCAGAAGAGGCGGCUCGCGAUGCUCAAGAAGCUGAGUCGACCGGUGAGACCGAGGAAGUUUUUUUGAACGAGAGAUGA